AUGUCCAUAAGCGCAAGUGAGCUCGCCCAUUCCGUUCAGACAAAGUCGUGCUUGGAAUGUCAGUUGCUCUCCGAUGUCAUCAGUACUCGACACAAGGACUGGACUCUCCACGCGGAACAAUGGCCAUCAAUUCGCCUUGGGCUGGCCGUUGGAAAGCCCGCGCAAUUGAAUUACCGCACUCAAGAUCGCACAGAUGUAUUUGACCUGCAAAUCUACCGUUCGGUAUCGCAACAGGCGGUUGGGUUGGAUGUCAACCUUCCAAAAGCUAUUGGGCUGGGUCCCGACAUACCUCCUUUUUCGGGUUCUGAUGAGAGCAUUUCAUUGAUCAAAAAGUGGUAUGCUGAAUGCUCAGCUGAGCAUGAGCUCUGCAAUUCUUAUCUCUCUGGCGACAGGCCUACACGAUUGUUGGACACCCGCGGCGAAAACCCAGCCCUAAUUGAAGCAAGCACGGCGGACAAAGUCGGGUACGUGGCUCUGAGCUACUGUUGGGGGACCCGAGACAAACAUCCAAUGCUGCGAACCACGAGGUCCACCGUCUCCCAACAUCAGGCUGGCAUCGAGUUCGCCUCGCUGCCUGCUGUAUUCCGGGAUGCAAUCGUCCUGUCAAGAGCCCUUGGUUUUAUAUAUAUCUGGAUAGAUGCAUUAUGCAUCAUUCAAGAUGAUGCUGAGGACUGGAACAAAGAAGCUGCCACAAUGUGCAGGGUGUAUUCUCAGGCGUCGCUGACCAUAAUUGCAAGUCGCCCCGAUGGUUGUACCACCAGUAUUUUUGGCAAUCAGGCUUUUGCUCAGUUUGAUAUGGUCUCCUUCAAAGGCGUGUCGCUCAGAGUGAGGACCAAUAUAUCCAAGUCCCACGAAAUCAACCCAGUCAUCCCACUGGGUCCCGAUGCCGACCCUAUCAGUCGAAGAGCUUGGACUUUGCAGGAAGGCGUCCUUUCGAACAGGGCUGUCUAUUUCACAAAUGACGAGCUUCGUUGGGAGUGUAAUACCUGGCGCCGUUGUCAAUGCGGUCAACUGAAGACGAAAUUCCCCCUCAAGUACGAUGCUGAGGAAUACGAAUAUGAAGGACACCGCACAUGGCGUCUGAACGAUUUCUUCCCCACUCACUCGGUCGAAGAAGCUUACCGAAUAAUGUGGCAGCACAUGGUAGUCUUCUACACAAACAGGAGUCUAACCAUGGAGCAGGACCGGCUUGUUGCACUGUCGGGACUUGCGCAACGAUUCGAUGCAUUGAUGAAGGAGCAUUUCCAGAGGAAAGACACAUAUCUAGCUGGGAUAUGGCAAGGAGCUUUGCCCGCUCAGCUCCUCUGGUGUAUUGUCAACAAGGCCCAUUCGACCACCCUUGGGUAUGAACAUACCCGGCCGUCGGCUUGGCGAGCUCCGAGCUGGUCAUGGGCUUCAAUGGAAGCACCAGUGUUCACUUUCUUGCAUACCAGUAUUGACAGUCGACUCGAGGUAAUGGAGGCUCUUGUGGAACCAAAAAGCGAGGAUCAUUUUGGCCAAGUAAAACUUGCCAUACUGAGGGUUCGCGCUCCUGUCCUACAUGAAGUUCGCUUUAUCCGGGAUCCUGAGAGGGCUGGCUGGAGCCGCUUUCCUGUCGUCAAGUUCCACGAUCUUGAUCUUCGCAUAGAAAAUGCAUUCUUUGACAAUGACCUCGAAGCCGAGACUGACAAGUCCCUCAGCGAUCCGAAGCAGCGCUUCAGCCUUCUUGUCGUGGGUUACGGGAAAGGUAACGACCUGCACGAGUGCCUCGCGAUUACACCUGUAUCCGGGAAGAUAGCGACCUUUGAACGGAUCGGCUUGAUCAGACUGGGUCAGCACUUCAGAGAGCCGGAGGGAAACGCGAGAGCGAUUGAGAACGCGUCGCGCGAGGCAGUGACUCUCGUGUGA